GACUAACGAGGUUAUGAAAACGAUAACAAGUCGUUAAAAAAAGCUACGACGAAAUUACUGAUACUUGCAAAGAUGUCUGGUCAAAGUAGAAAUGUCUAUUGGAUCGUAGUUAGAAAUUUUAUCAACUCCCUUAAACCUCGUCGAUCUAAAGGAAAUGAUAUGGGUAAAGACUACAUAGGUAAUUCUUAUUUUGAAAUCCCUGCGGCACCCAGUGAGGGUAAAAGAAAGCCAACUAGAUGGUACAACCCACCAAAAGGCCAAGAUUUUCAAGAUCCCAUACCUGCAGAAUGGGAGGCUUGGCUAAGGAUGCGAAGACAAGACCCACCCACAGAAGAAGAGAUUUCCAAAAAUCUUGCUAUAGCUCAAAUGAAGAAAAUAAAUGCAGCAAAAAUUGAAGCUAAAAGGUUGGCUGAAGGAGGAUCUUUGCCAACAGUACCAGAAAAGGGACAUCAAUCAUUUCCUGUUUAUCCAGAUUACCAUCCUGGUGAACAGCAAAAUAAACCACCCAAUAAAUGAAGAGUAAUGAACCA